UAAACUCUCCUCCUCUGCUCCUCACUCUAUAAAUAGUCUGUUAAUCCUGUUAUCAGGUUUGAGUCCAGUCCGUCUGUUGAUUGGUCAACAGCCUGGUGUGUAAACACAAACAACCUGAAGCCACUGCUGUGCUGAGGGCAAAGGUCAAAGAGCAGGAGCAACAGGAGAGAGCGGUGUUGGUUCCUCAGCCUCUGUGUCCAGUUGACGUUCCACUGUUCCACUGUUCCGGGGCCAGGAUGUUCCUGUGGAACGUGGUUUGAACAGUAACCCAAGUCAGAACAAACUCGGCUGCUAAAAAUACCAUCGGUGGAGCGACCGGCUGCUGCCCAACUGACACACGGGACCGAGGAGAGGGGGGAGGAAGGGGGAGGAGGGAGGUUGUUUCCAUCACUGUGAGUGCAGACAGAAAGACGAAGUCAGGAACAACUGUGGAGUGAAAUCCAGUUAAAGGAGGAGGAGGAAAUAAAAACGUCUCCAGAUUCUUCUUCUGCCUUCAAGCCUUCACUCCUCGUCGCUGCCUGGAGGUGAUGAGCUCCACUCUGGGCGUUAAACCCCCCUCAGCAGGCAGCUCUGGACCCGGUGCCGGCAGCAGGGCCGCCAUGGAGAACCUGGAGAAGCAGCUCAUCUGUCCAGUCUGCCUGGAAAUGUUCUCCAAACCCGUCAUCAUCCUGCCCUGUCAGCACAACCUCUGCCGGAAAUGUGCCAGCGACGUCUUGCAGUCAGCCAACCCUUUGUGGCAAACCCGUGGCUCCACCACCGUUGCUGCCAGCGGCGGUCGGUUUCGCUGUCCCUCGUGUCGCCAUGAGGUGGUGCUGGACCGACAUGGUGUCUAUGGUCUACAGAGGAACCUGCUGGUGGAGAACAUCAUAGACAUCUACAGGCAGCAGGAGACCUCCAGGCUCCUGAACCUGAAGCCGCGGCAGCAGCAGCUCAUGUGUGAAGAACACCCGGAGGAGAAGAUCAACAUCUACUGUUUGAGCUGCCAGACGCCGACCUGCUCCAUGUGCAAAGUGUUCGGUCCACACAUGGACUGUGACGUGGCUCCCAUCGCCAGCGUCUACGCCACCCAGAAGAAAGAACUGAGUGACAGCAUCGCCAUGUUGGUCGCCAGCAAUGACCACAUCCUGGCCGUCAUCACACAGAUGGAGGAGAUGUGCCGCACACUGAAGGACAACAGUAAGCGGCAGAAGGAGAAGCUGGUGGAGGCCUUUGACCUCCUGACCUCCAUCCUGGAGGAGAGGAAAGAGGAAGUGGUGGGUGUGAUCUCCAAACACCAGGACGACAAACUCCAGCACGUCCAGUCUCUCAUUCAGAGACACGGCGAACACCUGGAGGUCGCGGUCGGCCUGGUGGAGUCGGCCAUACAGGCCAUGGAGGAGCAGCACAUGUCUCAGUUUAUACAGAGCGCCAACGUGAUCCUGGAGAAAGUAGCAGACGUGUCCAGGUCCUCAGGCGUCGCUCUUCCACAGUUGGGUUAUGAAUGUAUGAGUCACCUGGUCCUGGACAUUGAUGAUGUCACAGUGAUGCUGCGCAGCCUUGACUUCAGCUCCGGUGUCAGAGAUGAUGGAGACGAUGGAUCUGAAGUGGUCGACGAUUAAAACCAUGACUUCAGCUGCAGUCGAGCAGAAGAAAACGGUCUCAGGAUGAUGCCAGGACAGACAUGGAUGUGAAUUUUUUUGUUCUUCACUGUUAAUCCUCCGUGGAGAGAGGUCCACGCAGCAGGAGCAACAGAAGAAGAAAAACGUUGCUUCUCGAAGGUUAUUUCUUACUUUGUCUGUUGCGUUUUUAUCUCCAGUUUCAGUGUAAGUAGUGACAUAUCCUGAACCUAAGGAGGAGAAAAUGAGAAUUUUAAAGAUUUUUUAUUGUCCUUCUCCUCAUUAUUCUUUUAUACUGAAUAGUUUGGUAAAAAUUGUUUUGCAUUUUUUAGGAUGUUUUUUUUUCCUGAAUUCGAAUGACAGGAAAAUGUUUGUAUGUAUCAAAUAAAGAUAUUUUAACUUCUG